AUGCUGAGGUUCCGACCUGUGCGAACAAGAAUACGAUUCCCUCCCAACCUUGCUGGCCAGAUUCGAUACCGAUCCUUCGCUUCAAGGGGAGGUCCAUCAUCGUUGGCACAAAUUCAUCGAGAACCCCACCUAAACCGUCCCGCAUAUCCUGUCAUAAGCUCAUCUUACCUUCAUACUUCCUCCCCUACCCCUGCAGUCUCACCCUUCAAAUUACACGACAUAGGCGAAGGAAUAACUGAAGUUGAGAUUAUACGGUGGUAUGUGGAAGAUGGACAGGAAGUAGCAGAGUUUGAUGCGUUGUGUGAAGUGCAGAGCGAUAAGAGUGUAGUCGAACUCACCUCGCAUGCUAAUGGGAUAGUCAAGGGCAUCCAGAAAUCCGCUGGUGAGAUGGUCAAAGUUGGUCAAACGCUGUGCGAAAUUUACACAGCGGAAGAAACCAGCGAACAAGAAGCUCCUCAGGAUAGUGUACAGCCAGAUCAGAAACCUGGAACAGAAGAAUUGCCAGACUCAAAGCCUAUUGCUAACCAAGUUGAAAGUUCGGCAGUUAAAGCAGCUGAAGGACUUACCGAGACCUUGGAGAAAUCCCAGGAACCUGGAAAUACAAAUCCUGAUCGACCACAGCCCUUACCCGAAGCACAAGAACACGAUCCAAUUCAAUUACAAGGUGAAGCUUCAAUCUUACCUUCUCCACCUCGUCCCAAACAAUUCAGUCUCGACCGAGCAGAAGCCCAUCAAGAUCGAUCGGAGGAAUAUGAUGAUAAGAACCGUAAAGGCAAUAUCAAAACUUCCCCUGCUGUUCGUACUCUAGCUACCAAACUCGGUAUCGAUCUUAGUAUGGUGAAAGGAUCAGGUGAGAAUGGUAGAAUCACAAAACAAGAUGUCGAAAGUCAUUUCUCCAUUUCAAGUGGUUCAUAUCCUAGCUCAGAAACAGGUGGCAAAGUGCGAUCAUAUAGAGACGAUCUACCUGAGUCAACUAGGGUGGAAUUUGGAAGGACUAGGAAGAUCAUGUUCAGAGCUUUGGGUGAACAGGGCAAGAUACCUCAUUUCGGAUACUCACAUACUCUCAAUCUCACUCCCCUCCUUCCAUAUCUCAAAGCCUCUAACCCUCCAACAUCCAACUCAAGAGAUAAACAAGGAUAUAUCGCAUCUGAUAUCCCAUCUGAACUGGUGACAAAUCCCAUAAUUGAAGAAAAGGGGAAAACCACGAUAUUGAGUUUCCUAGUCAAAGGUUUGAUAUUGGCUUUGCAGGAACAUCCGAUCAUGCGAAGCAGACUGAAAGAAGAUGGGGAGAAGAGGUUCUUGGAGAUUGGGAGAGAUGGAGUUAUCGGGGUGGCUGUUUCUGAUCCAAAAUACGGACUUCUCACACCUUCUCUUCCCCCUCUCCCACCCACCACGUCGGUGGCAACAUUAACAUCCCACCUUCACUCACUCCGUCAUGCACCGAAUAAACCCUCGACCCCAGCGAAUGUCACCAUCUCCUCCGUGGGCGGUCUGGGCGAAGCUACAGGCGCUAUGCCGAUCUUACCUCCCGGAGGGUGUGUGGCGAUCUGCGCGGUGGGAAGGGCAAAAUGGGAUAUGGAGUGGGAUCUAGCCCAUGGAGAUGAACUUAGAGGGAAAUCGGUGUGGGAGAUGGAUAAGAGUAUGGUGGAGAGGGGACGGACGAGGGCGGUUUUGAGGGUUCCUGUUGGGUGGAGUGGGGAUCACAGAAUUCUCGAAGGUGCCGAAUUGAUAUCGUUCACUGAAACUUGGAAGAAAUAUAUCGAACAACCUUGGAGAUGGAUCAAUGUUAGAUCGUCAUAG